GAUCAUAUAGUAUAUUUAAUGAAAAAAUAUAUAUUUUUCCGUUGUGUGAGCUAAAAGAAUUUUGAUUGGUAUAUAGAUAGAGGUGGCGUUGUUAUGAUUCUUUGUCCCUCCAAGUUGGUUAGACUUUACUUAAUUGCAUGCAUUUCGAUCAUAUAGUUUUACUUUGACUUUGAAAAUUUUGACUUUCGAUCCUUCCACCGUCCUCUUACUAUGUUGCCUCUUUCAAUCUCUCUGACUCUUAAAUUCUUCAACCCUAUAUAAACCACACCGACCUCCAUCUCUCUCUCACAGAUUCAACAAACUCAGUACAGAUACCAUAAUCUCAGUUACCCAAAUGAAUAAAAGUUCAGCGCUGCAUGCAACGUGUCCAAGCAGGGACAACAAGUUUAAGGGUGUUCGCCGUCGCAAAUGGGGCAAGUGGGUGUCGGAGAUUCGAGUUCCGGGAACCCAAGAGCGGCUCUGGCUGGGAACCUACGUAACGCCGGAGGCGGCGGCGGUUGCCCACGACGUCGCCGUAUACUGUCUCAGGAGGCCUUCUUCGUUGGACAAACUUAACUUGCCAGACACCUUGUCUUCUUACAGUGGUCAGCUGAGGGACAUGUCUCCAAGGUCUGUUCAGAAGGUGGCUUCCGAUGUUGGCAUGGAUGUUGACGCCAGACACAUUGCUGCCGGCGGAAGUUCAAGUGGGGUGGCACAAAGUCCGGAGAGUGAGAAGAAAAUGGAGGAAAGGAAUGGCGUUGUUGGAGCUGAUGAUUCUGAUGAGUUUUGGUGGAAUGGUUUGGAGGGUUAUGAUAGUGGGACUUGGAAAGGAAGUGGUGAAGAUUGUGCAGAUAGGGAUGCCUUGAACAUUUCCAUUGAAGACUACCUUUAGGUGGAGAAAUCAAGCAGAAACUUUUCCCUAGCCGUCAGUAACGAAAGAGAAGAAGAAAUGUUCAAGUGAUCAAGGUUUCAUCUACAGUGAUGUUUUUUUGACCUUGAUGUAUAUAGUCUAGAUACUCACAAAUUAAAGAAAAAAAGUAAUUUCUCUUAGCAUUUCCUCGUGUUUACAUCAGCUGAUGUAAAAAGGCCAGAAAAAGAAGGUCAACCACUCAAAAACAAGAAUGAAAUAGGUGAAUCUGACACUUUCACACCACUUGUGCAAAUUGCUGUAACUCUUGGAAAACGCACUCAGACUUGAGUGCGUUUACCUUUUCUUUUUACCACAGGCGCAAUUCAGCAUUGACGAAAAUAUUUCUUCGUAAA